AUGGCCUCACCAGCUCUCCCUUCUCUAGUACCUGGCAAUGAGGCUCCAUUCUGGAGCUCUCUUGGUGCGCCAAUGGUGGAGAACGCCUCGUUCUUUGCCGCGUUCCUACAUUGGCUGGCCAUAGCGCUCAGGUGGUUCUUAAGAGCUCUGCUGGUCCUCUUGGCAGUUGGCGUCAUUUUGGGCAUCGGAUCUUUGAUCUUUGGGUCUCUGCCCCUCCACCAGCUUCGCCGCGGUGGCAAACCGAAAACUUCCACGGACGGGGAUGCACCGCCGGAAGCUGAAUUGGUUGAGUUGGAGUUUUUGGCUGCAGAGUACGAUCCUGCCCAGGAUCAAAGCUCUGACAGCGGUGAGGAAUAUUGA